ACUAAGGAGUUGAGGUGAGAGGAAGUGAGGAAAACGGCCAGUUCGACGAUCAUUAUCGAGGAAGGUGCAUCCUACGCAAGUAAACUCUAAGAAUGGCUCGUACCAAGCAGACAGCCCGCAAGUCUACCGGUGGUAAGGCCCCCAGAAAGCAGCUGGCCACCAAGGCAGCUCGCAAGUCAGCGCCCUCCACCGGAGGUGUGAAGAAGCCCCACAGGUACAGGCCUGGUACUGUUGCCCUCAGGGAGAUCCGUCGCUACCAGAAGUCCACUGAGCUGCUCAUCCGCAAGCUGCCCUUCCAGCGCCUUGUGCGUGAAAUUGCACAGGACUUCAAGACUGACUUGCGUUUCCAGAGCGCUGCCAUUGGUGCCCUCCAGGAAGCUUCAGAAGCCUACUUGGUUGGUCUGUUCGAAGACACCAACUUGUGUGCCAUCCACGCCAAGCGCGUCACCAUCAUGCCUAAGGACAUCCAACUGGCACGACGCAUCCGUGGCGAGAGAGCCUAAUUUAUUCAUCAUUGAUAUACAAAGUCCUGUUUCAUCAGUGUCUUUGUCUUCAUGAGAACGUGUAAAUUGUGGCCGAAUGUACCUGUGUAUUGAUUUAAGCUCAAACUUGCGUUUUUCAGUUGUUGUUUGUUUUAUAGUUACUCUCUUGAUUUUUACCUAUUGUCAUGGAGUCUCGUCAUUGUCGUUCUUUUACGGUUGAAUUUCAUUUUCUUUUGAUUUACAUUCACAAUUUAGUUCCCUUGUUGGCUGUAUUUACUUCUCAACUUGCAUAAAUAUCAUAAUUUUGAACUAAUAAGUAUAAAUACUCUUCGACGUAUGGCUUCCACGAAGCAUUAUACUCCUUUAAUAUCGUUAUUUUCUAGUUUGCGCUCGAGUAGUAAAUAACAUAUGCAAUGAGUUUCUAAGUGUCUGUUUAUUAAGAUCUAUGCAGGUUAUUUGUCUGGGUGAUUUAUUUUUAAUUCGACGUUGUGUAAGCAAUUAAUUUCAUUUUCGAGUGUCAGGAAUCAAUGGAACAGACUUGUAAAAUUUUGGAAUGAGUACAAAAUAUACGCGA